UCUCCUCUCUGUCUCCCAGCCCGAUCUACUUUCCUCUCUGUCUCCCGAGAUGCCCUAGUCGCCUCCGGUCCUACUCCGCCUGCGCCUGAACCCCUUCGAAGGCUCUUCCCGCCGGAGCAACCUGCCGCCCUUCUACUCCGCCUGCGCCUGAACCCCUUCGAAGGCGCUUCCCGCCGGACCACCCUGUUGUUACACAGUACUCUGAACCGCGAAUGACAUGGAAAGAAGAGAAACCCUAACUCCCUCCUCCCCCUCCUCAUCCUUCUCGGCUUCCUCUUCUUUCGGCAACGACCCACCCUCGGAAGAUGCUUGGGUCACCGAGCACCACAGAUUGCUUUCCCGAUGGAAGUCCUUGCGCGACUCCCCCCAGGUUGCAAUUCCGGUUUCAAUAUCUAGAGUCAACCAAUUCGACUCUGCGAGGUUGGAUGUCGAAAUGUCUGCCAUGCUGAAAGAACAGUUAAUCAAAGUCUUUUCUUUGAUGAAGCCAGGAUUCUUAUUUCAAUAUGAGCCAGAACUUGAUGCUUUUCUUGAGUUUCUCAUCUGGAGGUUCUCGAUAUGGGUAGAUAAGCCAACUCCAGGGAAUGCCUUAAUGAAUUUAAGAUAUAGAGAUGAACGUGCAGUGCCCAUUGGAGGAAAAGAAGUCAGAACAGGACUUGAAGGGCCUGGGCUUUCGGUUUCUCAAAAGAUAUGGUACUGUCUCAGCACUGUUGGUGGCCAAUAUCUCUGGUCCCGUCUGCAGUCGUUCUCUGCUUUUCGUCGAUGGGGAGAUUCUGAACAGAGAUCAUUGGCUCGGCGAUUCUGGAUUUUGUUACGACGUGUUGAGGGUUUAUACAAGGCUGCAGCUUUUUGCAACCUCCUGUUGUUUCUGUAUAAUGGAAGGUAUAGGAGUAUUAUUGAAAGGGCUUUGAGAGCAAGGCUUGUCUAUGGAAGCCCCAAUAUGAACAGAGCUGUCAGUUUUGAGUACAUGAAUCGUCAAUUGGUGUGGAAUGAAUUUUCGGAAAUGCUGCUUUUACUUCUUCCUCUUUUAAACUCAUCUUCGGUCAAGAAAUUCCUCCCAUUUUCCAAGGAUAAAUCGACUGGUUCUUCUGGUGAUGAAGCAGAGUGCCCCAUAUGCCAUUCAAGUCCCAGCAUUCCAUUUCUAGCUCUUCCUUGCCACCACAGGUACUGCUACUACUGCCUCCGCACUCGCUGUGUGGCAGUCAGCUCAUAUAGAUGUGCUCGUUGCGAUGAGGCUGUUGUUGCCAUUCAACGGCAAGGAACAAGUUAAGAAUAUUUACUUGGCCAAAGCCUGAUCAUCCUUACUGUACGACCAUGCCAUGUGGCAGUCAAUAUGCUGAGGUUUACUUGCCAUCGUCCGACAAGCAUGCUCUUGUAGAAUCCGAAUUUGAUUUCCAUCAGAAUUUGAUUUCCGUCAGACCAAGGGAUUGUAAACAUAUGUACUAUAUGUGGAGAAAGUGCCGAGGUGGCUAUAUUUGAUUCUUGAAGAACCUAGAAUCUAGUUAGGAAUAAACCAAAUUUUUUUAUUAAAAUGAUUAAUUCUGGCUGUAUUGAAUUUCUUUAGCUGCAGAGUUUACAUGAAGUUAAUUCUUAGGGUGAUUUGAUACUCGAAAGUGCCAUUCGGUCAUGCAUUUUGUGGUAAUCAUACAUCCAAAUAAGAAUCCAAUUGUAUUUAUCAGCUCCAAACGAAAUUGCUGAUUAGAUAAAUGCUCAACACCCGGUGUUACAAUGUAAUUUAGAAUUGUGUAUUGUUGCCAUAUAUAUAUUGUAGGUUUAUAUAGUA